AUUUUUUUAAACAUAUAGUUAAUUUCAUCGCAAAAUGUCAAUUGAAAUCGAGUCAGCUGAUGUUAUUCGUCUUAUUCAACAGUUCCUAAAGGAGAGUAACUUAACAAAGACGUUGUUAUGCUUACAGCAAGAGAGUGGCAUCAAACAAAAUACUGUUGAUUCUGUGGAAGGCUUUGUGUCGGAUAUAAUCAAUGGUCAUUGGGAUAGCGUAUUAAAGGCUAUACAAUCACUAAAACUCCCAGACAAGAAGCUAAUUGAUCUUUACGAACAAAUCGUCAUUGAAUUGAUUGAGCUGAGAGAAAUGGGAGCAGCAAGAUCCCUUUUGAGACAAACAGAUCCAAUGAUAAUGCUCAAGCAACGCGAACCUGAAAGAUAUAUCCAUUUAGAGAAUCUUUUACAACGAGGGUAUUUCGAUCAACGUGAAGCAUAUCCUGAAGGAAGUAAUAAAGAAAAAAGACGUCAAGCAAUUGCUCAUGCAUUAUCUGCCGAUGUUUCUGUUGUUCCUUCAUCACGUUUGCUUUCUCUUCUCGGUCAAGCCCUUAAAUGGCAAGCUACACAAGGAUUAUUGCCUCCUGGAACAACAAUUGAUUUAUUUAGGGGAAAGGCUGCUGUAAGAGAUCAAGAAGAUGAGCAAUGUCCAUCACAACUUGCUAGACAAAUCAAAUUUGGUGCAAAAUCACAUGUUGAGGUUGCUACCUUUUCGCCCGAUGGACAGUUUCUCGUUACAGGUAGUGUUGAUGGUUUCAUUGAAAUUUACAACUUUUUGACGGGAAAAAUUCGAAAAGAUCUAAAGUAUCAGGCACAGGAUAACUUUAUGAUGAUGGAUCAAGCGGUACUUGCUUUAAGUUUUUCAAGAGACUCUGAAAUGAUUGUGUCCGGGAGUCAAGAUGGUCAAAUUAAAGUGUGGAAAGUACUGACAGGACAGUGCUUAAGACGAUUUGAAAAAGCCCAUUCAAAAGGAAUCACAUGCUUAGCUUUCUCUCGUGACAACUCUCAAAUUUUAUCCUCCUCAUUUGAUCAUUUAAUAAAACUGCAUGGAUUAAAGUCUGGAAAGAUGCUAAAAGAAUUCCGGGGACAUACGUCAUUCGUCAAUGAAUGUGUAUUUACAACAGACGGAAAUCAUAUUUUGAGUGCAUCAUCGGAUGGACAAGUAAAAGUUUGGUCAAUAAAAACGACAGAAACUAUAUCGACAUUUAAAUCUCUUGGUGAAGACUUGGCAGUAAAUUCAAUCAUGCUUUUGCCAAAGAAUCCUGAUAAUUUCAUCGUCUGCAAUCGAAGUAAUACAGUGGUUGUAAUGAAUAUGCAGGGGCAAAUAGUAAAAUCAUUUUCAAGUGGAAAGCGAGAAGGUGGUAAUUUUAUAACAGCUAUUAUAUCUUCGCUGGGUGAAUUCAUUUAUUGCGUUGGUGAGGAUAAGGUUCUCUAUUGCUUCAGCUACACAUCAGGAAAGCUUGAAAGAACACUUACCGUACAUGAAAAAGACGUAAUUGGCAUUUGUCAUCAUCCGCAUCAAAAUAUAAUUGCAACAUACUGUUCAGAAGGCAUACUUAAAUUAUGGAAACCUUAAAUUUUGUAGUUCUUAUUCUGUG